AUGGCUACUCUGCAAGAACUGGCAUUUGAAGCAGGGCACAAGAAUCAGAAGAAGGUGAAAUUCAGGGCUAAAAGGCCUCAAGAUGAAUCCAUUGUUUUGCCCAUUUAUGUUUGCCAUGGACGUAGCAGAAGCUUUGAUGGUCCAAAGCACAAGAGUCAUGAUUCCAACAGUAAGGCCUAUUCACAACAGAGUGGCUCUGUUGUGUCAUCUUCAGCAAGAAGGGGUGCUUCUGAUUCAGGGAAAUCAAUAAACCAGUCUGUUGAUGAUGGGUUUUUUCGAAGGGAUGAACCCGCGAUCGAUGAAGUUGCAAUCAGGGCAGUAGUUUCGAUUCUGAAUGGCUAUGUUGGGCAGUAUUUGAGAGACAGGAGAUUUCGCGAAAAUACGCGGGCGAAAUGCUUAGAAUGUUUGACAAAUGAGGAUUCAGAUGAUGCAUUGUUGGAGAAAAUGGUGUUAGGCAUUGAAAAUUUUGAGAGGAUGGUGGAAGAAUUUUAUGAGAAUGGGAGAGAAAUGAACUUGGAGUCAUUGAAAUACUGUACCAGGCUUUUCAAAACAAUUUCUGCUGAUAAGAAUGGUUCAGUUUCAAGUACUGAGUUUGCACAAAGAUCCAAUGUUGCUGCUUGUGCACAUCUUUAUUUGUCAAUUGUAUACAAGAUACGCAGAAGCGAUCGAAUCUCAGCGCGACAUCUGUUGCAAGUGUUCUGCGAUUCGCCAUUUAUCGCCCGAACCCAUUUGUUGCCUGAUGUAUGGGAGCAUUUAUUUCUUCCUCAUCUUCUCCAUGUAAAGAUUUGGUAUACAGAGGAAACUGAGUCUCUUUCAGGCUCAUCAGCUCCUCAUUAUUUGAAUGAAGUGAAAAUGAAAGCUUUAGGGAAGGCAUACAAUGAUCAAAUGGAUAUUGGAACUCAGAAGUUUGCUGUGUAUUACAAGGAAUGGCUUAAAGAUGGUGCCAAAGCUCCUCCUGUUCCUUCAGUUCCUCUGCCUUCAACACUGAAUCAUACACCUUCAAGGAGGAGAUAUUCUGACUCCUUUGCUUCUCAUGCUUCUAACAAAUCAUCUCUAUAUCGAGCUAUAUUUGGCCCUGUUACGGAGAAAAAAUCGAAAGAAGUUAAUGAUAGGCAUGGAGACUUAGACUAUCGGUUGCCUCUGGAGGAACACAAGAAGUUUUCGACAAAAGAACCUAACAUUGACCUGGAAGUGAGUUCUCUAAGAAGCGAAAGAUCUUCAAGUCGACAAAAAGCGCAAGGUGAACUUUGGCUGGAUGACAAGAGAUCAGACUAUUUUCGCCUGUUAAGUUGCAGGAAUGACACUUCAGUGAAUGUUGUUGGUAAGAAGAGUACACUGACAAUUGGUUCAAUCGCGAAGGAAAGAAGUACAGAGUUUUUGGUGCCAAAUGAGCUGAAUAGAGCUAUUAGAACUGUUUGCACCUCAGAGAGUCUUAGAGAUUGUGAAAGAUCAAUCCGUUUGAUUACCAAAGCCUGGCUUGACUCAAAUGGAGAUUUGACAAUGAAAAGUGCAUUGUCAAAUCAACAAGCGAUUGAAGCAAUAAUGGAGGUUCUAUCAGUAUCUUAUGAUGAUGAAAUUUUAGAACUGGCCAUCUCAAUAUUAGCUCAAGUGGUGACAAUAAAGGAGUUGAACGCGAAUAUCAUGCUGAAUUUUGAUCCGCAGCUUGACAUCUUCUUGAGACUAUUGAGAAACAACAGUUUAUUUCUGAAAGCUGCAGUUUUACUUUAUUUAGCAAAACCAAAGGCAAAACAGAUGAUAGCAAUGGAAUGGAUUCCACUGGUUCUCCGAGUAUUAGAAUUCGGGGAUCAGGUGCAGACCUUACUCAACAUCAAAUGCAGUCCACAAGAGGCAGCCUAUUAUUUCCUAGACCAACUUCUUCACUGUUUUGAUGAAGAUAAAAACAUGGAAAAUGCUGGAUAUAUUGUUUCUCUUGGUGGUUUGAACUUGCUUUUGCGGAGGAUGGAAAUUGGAGAUAUCUAUGAAAAGAACAAAGCCGCUGCUAUCAUUUACAGUUGCAUUCGAGCCGAUGGAACCUGUAGGCAUUACCUUGCAGAGAAGGUGAACACAGAAUGUCUUUUAGCACUUCUGGCCAAAAGAGACAAGAAAACUCAACAAGGUCCUGGAUUCGCUUUGUUGACAGAGCUCUCCUGCCUUAAUAGGCAUGAUCAAAGGAUUGCAUUUCUAAGUGAACUGAUAAAAGGAUGGGGAAGAAUGAAUACCAUGCAUAUUUUGUUGGUCUACCUACAGAGGGCUCAACCCGAAGAACGCCCUUUGGUCGCUGCAUUGUUGUUAAGGCUGGAUCUUUUGGGAGAUCCCAAUCUAUUAGGACUAGAAUGUAGUGUCUACAGAGAAGAAGCUAUAGAGGCAAUAGUGAAGGCACUAGACUGUCACCAAGUGGUUAAUGAGAAAGUUCAGGCGCAGUGCGCAAAAGCUCUAUUGAUAUUGGGAGGUCAUUUUACAUACACAGGUGAACCCGCAGCAGAAGAAUGGCUCCUAAAACAAGCAGGCUUUGAUGAGAACUCCCUGGAUUCAUUCAAUACCAACAGGGUUGCACUUAAUCACCACCAAAACCUGAUUAGAGAGGAAGAAGCAGCGAAAACCUGGCAAAGGAUACAGGCUAUGGCAAUGCUUAAGACUGGUGGAAGCGAUUUACUUGCAGCUCUUUCUGAUUCCAUAGUCGGAAGCAUCCCUUGUUUAGCUAGGGCGAGCCUAGUUACUGUUUGUUGGAUUAUCACUUCCCUGCAGUCAUUUGUAGAAAAAAGCUCUCAAUCGUUGUGGUGUUCUAUCCUUGUGCCUCGGUUGCUAGAGUGUCUGAACCAUCGGGACAAAACUACAGAGGAAAUGGUCCUCGCUUGUUUCUCAUUGCUUCAUCUACUGGACUGUUCAGAUGGCCAUAUCGAAUUAAGCACCAUGAUCAAUGGAGAGUUGAUAAGAGAGCUUGACAAACUCUCAAGGGUCACAUGGACAGCAAAGGAGCUUAUUUCAGUAAUCACUACCAAAUUAAUGCAUUAG